AUGGCUCCGACGCUACGCUCCCGUACUCGGAUCGACUCUCUUCCGAACGAAGUUUUGGAAAAAGUGUUUGUGAAUUUGGACGACGCCUCUAAGUGCAAAGCUUCUUGCGUCUGUUCGAAAUGGCGCGAUGUCAUCUACGCUCGCCGGAAGAACGACGUCGUCUGCAUUCGCAACAUCGAGAAAGUUCGUCAGUGCGUUUCUUUUUUCGUGCGGAAUCGCGUGCAAAAGUAUAAGUUGCGCUACCAGACCCUUUCGGAACUUCACAAAACCGUCAGUGUCAUGAAUCUCAACACUCGUGUAAAAAUAGUGCAUUUGGACCUGAGCGGUAGCACCUGCGUAAUCGAUACCGCAUUCAAGAAGAGUUUCGCCCGUUUGACUUCACUCAAAUGGCUCUCUCUAGAUGGCUGUACGGGAAUCGACUUACACGGUUUGAGGUACGUACUGGAAAAAAUGGUGAAACUCGAACAUUUGAGUCUGAAGCACGGCAACGUCACAUUCGGUGUCCUGAUUUAUAUGCCGCGCAUGAAUUUACAAUAUCUGGACCUGAGCUAUUGUCAGUUUCUGGACAAUUACUCCGUGCAAUACCCCGUGUGUUGUUUCCUUAAUCUGAAGACUUUGAUCCUUGACGGAGUGCAGGACGUGUCGGACGAAGUAAUCGAAAUGGCGUUUAUUUAUUUGUCUUGUUUGGAGACUCUUUCUGUGCGGAAUUGCAAAUUGGUUAAAGGCAUCGUCAAGACCCCCUGUCCGGUCGGUUUCAAACUCCUGGACAUACGUGGAUGUGAUGGUAGACACGAAAUCGAUACCACUAUAUUUGACGCCAUCAACUCUCGCCGUGACGGGAGUGUCUUAGUGCGUUUCACGACGCCGAUUGACAGUGACGUUAGCAUAUGA